CGGCCAGUGAUGUGCAUUGCAAAUGGCUGCUCUUGUUAUUGUUCCGUAGUCCCGUAGCGUUUCGCGAUUUAACACGAUAAUAAACCCCCGAUUUACGAAAUACCGUCGUCGUCCCGUACGGAUACGCAGUGUUCGCGACCACCGACGUGUACGUUCCGUUUACAAUCUGUGCGCGUCCCGUUGUCACAAGUUCGCUGAAACCAAUUUUGUUGUAAACGCAGCGGCGUUUCUCUUGUGUUCGUGUGUGUGUGCGUAUGUGUGUGCGUGCGUAGUGCGCGAUACUACGAGUGUGUGUGUGUGUGUGUGCGCAAAAAGUUUCCGAUGUGCAGCACCGUCCGUUGGAUUACACUACGACCAGGAAUAUGUACGUAACCCGGGUUAAAAAAUUAGUUGGAUUUAAAACCAAUUUGUAAGAAAAUGAAAGGUCUGGUUAUGUGAAAUGGCCGCUGACAGCGAUGGCUCUACCCAAUUGGUUACAACCAUUGUUACAUGUGAAGGGGACCUAAAUGACCCUCAGUUUAACCAAAAGUUUGAAAAGAUUGUUGUAGAUCUUAACAAACUACUAUUUCCAGGUUCGGCUGAAGAGAAAGGGAUUUAUGUAAACAAACUCGAGCCAUGGAAUUCAGUAAGGGUAACUAUUACUGUGCCACGAGAAGCUGCUUCAAAGCUUCAGGUGUUGGCACAACAAGGAGAUGCAACUCUUUCCAGGCUCGGAAUUUUAUCAGUUCAGGUGGAAGGCGAUCAGAUGAUUUCGUUACGAUUGGGCACCAAUCGGUUUGGUGGAGAAAACCAAGAGCUAGUUUUAAGAACAUCAGCUGGCCCAUCAAAUACCAAUCAGCCAACUACUUCAGACGAAACUGCUGCUGUAAAUUCACUGAUCAAAGCUAUGGCUUCAGCCACAUCUCCUGCUCUGCAGUCUCCAUCACCUCAAUUACCGACACCCCAGUUCAAAAGCCCCAACGUUGUGGCUGUCGACUCUACCCCAUUGCCUCCGAUACCCCCUUCGCCCUCCACGGCAGAACCAUCCCCAAGACCCCACAUAUGGCCGUUUGUAAGCAUGAACCAAGCUGCUCAGACCAUACACAACCGAGAGUCAAUGCACACAGCACCUCCACCUCCACCACCAUAUCCAGGAUCUCAAAAUGGAGUGUUUAAAACUCAAAGGUCAGGAGAUGUAAAUGCAUCUGUGCACUCAAGUCCAUUGUUAGUUAAUCUAUUACAAAAUGAAGGUGCGGGAAAAAUGCCUCCACCUAUGGACAAACAUAAGAAGCCAUCAAUACCUUCUCCAAAUGUAGUGAAAAAUCAAGAUGGCUUUUCUGGUUCAGAGUUUACCCAAUCUGCAUUUGCUAAUGUUGCUUCGGACAUUCAAGUCGUCCAAAGGCUACAAAAGCUACCAGAUUCAGUUACCAACAGUGCUCAGAAUCGAAUGGAUUCCAUUGGAUCUCCUAAUGGAUCAACUACGAGGUUGAUCAACAAACACAAUGUGCCUUCCCAAGAGCUCUCACAAACCUCAAAGAUUAUUGGCUCACCAAAUGUACAAACCUCUUAUGCUGUAAGGCACACUAUCUUGUCAAGCUCAUCAAUUACCCAAAACCGAUUACAAACUGUUCCCCAAAAUGUCACUAUCACUACUAAUCAAUUUAAACUUAACCAAGGUUAUAUCAAUCAAAUGAGGCAAGGGUCAAAUCAGCUUAUAGCUAAGCCUAAUAUUACCCAACAGUUCAGUCAACCUCAAAUUAGGUUACAAACACAAUAUAGCCCAGCAGGGUCUCAAAAACCAAUUCAGACCAAUGCCAUAUUGCAGCAAAGGACAGAUAUGAUGUCUGCUCAAAUGACAAAUAUGAGCAACCAUGAUUCUACCACAAAGCAAAAAGGUCAAUCGGUUACAAGUCAAAGUCAAUCCCAAAAUAUCACUUCCACUAAUUCAUUCCAUCCUGUGCCUAAUAAUCAGAUAACAAAUGUUUCUCAAACUUCAUAUUCAUGUAGUGAAACAUCCCAACAAAAUUUUAAUAAUUAUAUACAGGGUACUAAUCAGGCGCCAACUACUAAUGUAAAUAAAAAACCUGAUCUAUCUUUUAAUGAAAACAAUAUGCAACCAAGGUUAGUUGCUACUUCACAACCAUCUGAAAAUGCAUCUCAGGAAAUUCAAAAAAGUGUGGUAACUAGUCAACCGAUAAAAUCUCCACCUUUAACAUCCUCUGGUAAACAGCGGCAAUUUCUUAUAAAUCCAUUAACUGGAGAUAUGGAACCUAUGUCAAGUGAUAGUAGUUCAGAGAGUGAUACAGAAGAAAAAAUAAAAAAAUUACCAACAACAGAUGAUAAUUUCUAUAAUUUUUCUUCUCCGAUUACUAAUGAUAGGUCCAAUUCUGUAUUUUCCGAUGAUGAAGAUACUGGUUCACCUACUUCUCGUCGUAAUGACACUACAACAGAUCAAUCUGAUUCAGAAGCUACUGUUAGAUCAACUAAUAGUGAAGCAUCUUCUCGUCAUCGUUCCAGUCCAUUACCCGCUCCUGCUGAGAAAAUAAAAUUAAGAUUAAAAUUGACUGAAAAGAAAGAACCUUAUAAAGUUGAUGUUUCCUUUGGCAGUUCUUUAUGUAAAGUAGAUAAAAGGCAUUUUGGAAGCCCAUCAACUUCGUUAUCAGGGUCUUCUGCUGAAGGACUUCGUGUACCACCUCUGCAUAUUUCUUUAAGAGGAAGAAAUGCUGCUGUGGUAGUUGGUUCAAGAAAAGAGAAAAAAUGGAAAGACUCUGAUGAUGAAAGUAAAAAAUCAACAGGGUGUAAAGUAAAAACUAACAUUAAUCAUUUAAAAACUAAAAGCUCUAACCAAGAUUUAUUAAAAAUUUGUUCAAAACAAAUAAAGCUAGAAAAUACUGAGGAAGACGAUUCAAGAGUUAAACUGAAAAGAGUUGAAGAAAGUGAAGAACCUGUUUCUUCUUCAGUUGAUUCUAAUGAACCUAUUAGCAGUUACAACCCUGUAUUACCUCCUGGCAGGAUAUAUCCGACUGAAGCUGAAGUGGCUUCUAUUUUAAGGUCCAUGCCUAGUGAUAAACACAACAAAAUGAGCUUAAGUUUUAAUAAAGUGAAAAAACGGGAAUCUAAAAAAAAAUGUUUACCGAGGGAAAGAACAGGAUCUAUAGAUAGUCCUAAUUUACAUAGGAUUGUUGAAAGAACUCACACAAAAACAAAAAUUAAUAAAAGUAGUGCUGUUUCACUAUUUAAAAAUGUAGUUAAAUCAUCUGUGGGUAAAGAAGCUAGAAUGAUUGCUGCUGCUACCUUUGGAAAUAGAAAUCACUUUCAUGACAAACAGCGGUCAUUGAACAAUGGACAUGAUGCUUCAACUCAACCCAGCGGAUCACAAUCAAAUAAUCAAAGAAGGACAAGUGUAGACAUGCCUUUUACAGGUUCACAUACAUUGAAUUCUUCAAUGACAAAAUUGAACAGACCUUUAGGUGGUCAGUCUCCUGAUACAUAUCUACCAUCUAGCCAUUUUUCUAACCAUCUCUUACCUGGUCAAAAAACACAAGGACCUAACACUUUUCACAAAGAUAUGAAUAAAAAACCUUUAACUAUUGUCAGUCGAAAGGUUACCAAUUCAAAAAGUAAAGAUAGUAGAAAUUCUAAACUUGAAAGUGGAGUGAAACGAAAAGAAUUUCAACUGACUGCAAAACGUAAUGAUCAUUUUGUUCAAAAAUUUGACAUUGAUAAACCAAAUUGUGUGACUGUUGGACGUGUUCAAGUUGAAAAACGUGAUGAGCAUUUAUCAUUGCCUAUUACAGAAAUUGAUGUAUCUGAAAAAAAUGUAAAGCAAAGAUUACUUGAAGAUACUGCACCUCAAAUAAGAAAUGUUAUGAGGAUAGAAACCCCAAUAAUUGAAGAUAUUAAAUGUGAACGAGUUCAGACUGAUGCUAAAAAUAUGAAUGGAAGUGAAAGUCCAGCUGGUCAUGGUAAUACUCAAGGUGAAGAUUCAGGUAUUGAAUCUAUGGAUGCUCUGUCAGAGAAAAGUCCUAAUCAAAGUGAGAGUCCUUGUCGAAAAGAUGAUCAAACCACUGGUCAAAAACCAACCGCUCCAUUAAAACAAGAAGAAACAAAAAUACCAGUUUUAUCUGUAGACCAACAAAAUACAGCAGACUCUCCUGAUUUAGAUGAUAUACAGCCAUUUCGAGUAACACCAGCCCUAUAUACAUAUUCAAAUCCAGAGAAAAUUCGAGAUGAUUCACCUCCUGUUUCACCCAAAUUGGAUAUUGAAGAUGUUUUAGAUCCAACAGAACUACACAUGAUUUCUUCUUCUGAGACUGAUGGAGAUUUACCCUCUGUCAAGCUAAAGAAAAGGAAGCGUAUGGAUUCUGAAGAUAGUAAGACUGAUGGUGAUGCCCCUGUGGUCAAGAAACCAAAUAUUGAAAGUGAUAUAAUUGGAAAAUCUGAUAUUACAAGUAUGAAUGUUAUCUCAGAAAAUAAAUCUCUUUUGGAACAACUUUUAAUUGAUAUACCAGCUGAUUCAGAUUCAAAAAAAUCAGUGGUUUCUACUAGAAGCACACGUUCACAUAGAACAAAUACACGAAUAUCUGUACCUGUGUCCUCCUCGGGUUCACCAUCUCAACCAAGUUUACCAUCACCUACACGUCGUUCUAAUCGUAAUACACAUCCACCCAACAGGACAUGUGCCGGCAAGUCUUGUGAUAGGUCUACUCCUAGUAAAACAAUUGAAAAGAAGGAGAAGACCACUAUUUCUACCCCUACUAAACUUGAUAAAACUCCUCUCAGACCACAAUCAACAGCUGUUACAAUUAACACCAGGGCUGCAAGUGCUUCUAAACAAACAAUUAUAGUAACCUCACCUUCGUCAGAAACUGUUACUGCUGAAGGUGAUAAACAGACAACUAGGCGGAAAACACGGAGCACGUUGCCUAAUACGGAUCCGGAGAAUGUAGCGAGGCGUCGUCGAGCAUCACGCGACGGCAAAUGACAUACACAACCGGUGCCGACGCCGACGACACAUAACACUGCGUCAUCUCCGGCAAUCGUCGUCGGACCCGGGUAAUUUCUAUUAGGUUCGUUAUCCUUAAAUGGCAAAAUAUUUUGUACUCCUUUGUUCUUAAAUCUAAAUGUAUGGAUUAUAUAAGAUUACAGUUAGAUAUAAUUAAAUAAAAUUUUUUAUUA